GACGUCUGGAUUUUCGCUUGUUCUCAAGCUUUCCUAUUAUAUUUUGUCCUCUACAAAGGAACAGUUUUUCAAGGGAUUACAAUCCCAACUGUCUUGUAGUAUUCAUCUAUUACGUUGAGAAGAUCAUCUUGUUUUUCUACUCCCUACCUCCUCCUAUCUACUACCUACUACCUUAUCCUACCUGAUUCUACUGAUAACUUCACACAAACUGAGCCACCUUUUCCCAUCCAUCUCCUCCUAAAGACACCUUCUCGAACCAUGUCACCACCUCUAGGUUCAGCACUCAUCCUCUCCUCCUUACUAACAUGUCUCCCCCUCCUCACUAACGCGCACAUGCAAAUGAGUUGGCCCUACCCUCUCAGAAGCCCUCUGGACCCGGCCCUUCCCUACUACGACAAGGACUAUUCCAUGACUUCGCCCCUUCUGGCCGACGGGUCCGACUUCUCCUGCAAACACUACCAGUCGACGAACACGUACGACCAGGCGAAUGUGACCAAGGCCACCUACUAUGCAGGAAACACGUACAACAUGACCAUCGCAGGGACGGUACCUCACAACGGAGGCUCCUGCCAAUUGUCCCUGUCUUAUGACAAUGGAGAAACCUUCAAAGUCAUCAAGUCGAUGAUCGGUGGGUGUCCCGUCACGUUGAUGUACGACUUCACCAUUCCCAGCUUCGCCCCGACCUCGGACUCGGUCUUGUUCUCUUGGACCUGGUUCAACCUCGCCGGCAACAGGGAGAUGUAUCAGAACUGUGCCCGGGUCAAGAUCGCCAGCAAUCCAAGUCAAAAGUACCGACGAGGCGUGUGGAAGAGGCAGUCGUCAAUCUCCCAACUCCCGGAUAUGUUUGUGUGUAACGUGGACAAUGGCUGUACGACCAUCGAAGGGAGUGAAGUGGUCUUUCCAGAUCCCGGAAACGAUGUCGUAUACGGUCAGGAUCUAGUUGCCGCGGACCCAGGACCUGGAUUCUCGACUUCGGGGUCCUCGUCUUCUUCGACAACCAGCGCUGCUGGAUCUGGAUCCUCUGCGACAACAACAUCAUCUGGUUCUCCUGUCACUACAUCGACAACUUCCGCGGCAUAUGGUCCUAGCAGUACGACUGGUUCUUCUCUGGGGACUACUGGGUCUACGCAACUUUCUGUUACUACCCCGGCCCAGUUCUACACCACACCAACCACCACGAGCACUCUGGCAACAACGACAUCCCCUCCCUUUCCCUUGACCAAUGGAACCACGACAACCACUGGAUUCUUAUCAUCUGGAUCUGGACUCCCCCCUACUAACGAUACACUAAUCGCAAUUAUAGGUGACCCUUAUACCUCCUCUACAACGAGCGCUUCUUCGAGCACUGGCUCGAGUUUGAGUUCUAGUCUAAGCUCAAGUACGUCCACGAUGGCUAGUAGCAGUACCUCUACGAUGAGCAGUGUCGGUCCGAUUGCAACAUCGUCAUCAUCCUCAUCAUCGACAUUGUCAACAUCUCCUAGCUCUUCUUCAUCCACCAUGAGCAGUACUGCUGCGAGUAGUUCGAGCUCGUGGACUUCAACGUCGUCUUAUAUUACCAUCAUCGGUACGACGACUUCGAUGUCGACAAGUUCGUCUUCUACGAUUACUUCAGCUUCGUCGUCAUCAUCAUCCUCGUCCUCGAGUUCUUCAACAACUUCAGGAUUUGGAUUUACACAGACCAGUACCACUACCAGUACCACAACUUCCACUGCUUCUAGUAGUAGUACUUUUACUAGUACCGUCCCAUCGUCAUCCUCCUCCUCCUCCUCCUCCUCGACGACUUCGUCGUCCUCGUCUUCGUCGUCAUUUUCGGUUUCGGCAACGGCCACCACAACAACCACAACCACGUCGGUUUCAACAACCACGACACUUUUGACCACCACCACCAUCACCACCACAACAACAAUACCCACUACCGCUACCACGACGACGACGACGACGACGACGCCACCUUCCCAACCGACGGCCUGCACACCGGGAACGUUCGAAUGCAAUUCCAUCUCGACCUUUUCUCAGUGCGUCGCCACGGGUUCCACGACGACGACCUACAUCUACAUGGGUUCGGUGGCCGCGGGGAUGCAGUGCGUCGCCGGCUCCAUCAUCCGUCAGAACGACGGUCCCUGCACGCCCAACGGUCAAAUCUUUUGCAACGGUUCCAACGCUUUCUACAUGUGCGACCAGGGAGGACUGAUCGACAUGGGCCCCGUCGCGCCGGGGACGGCCUGUAACAACGGGGUCAUAGGUUUUGCUUAGCUUGACCUACGAGACGGAAAAGGACAUGAUGGGAAAUGAUACAAAAAAAAGUUACGCAACGACACGACACGACAACGAUACGCUACGACACGAAACGACAAACGACACACGACACACGACAAAUACACGGCACAACACGAGAAUUGAGAAUUGAGAAUUGAGAAUCGAAAAGCAGUUAUAUAAUAUAUACCCCUCUCCUCCUCCCCCCCCCCUUAGCGAGCGAAAUGCAUGACCCCAAAAAAAGUCAAAGGAGAAAAAAAAAAGGUCGUCGGAUGGAAUGUUUUCCUUUUUCCUCUCAUAACAACAGGCGCGUAUACAUCAUCUAGUAAACUUGGAUUUUGUUGCAUGGGAAAAUGGGGUGUUUUGGAGGGAGGAUGCAGCCCUGGCGUUCAGAUACUCUGCUACAUCAGUACCGGCAGUCAUAAUCAACAACAACCUAUAUCAGCUCCGUAGGUACUCACUUAAUACAAUACAACAAUACACAAUCUUGCCUCUUUUCCCACCUCUUCCCAUCCUCUCGGCUCCUCCUACUACGUCAACCGCAACUACGACAAAAUAUUGAGAAGAGAGGGAGGGAGGGAGGGAGAGAGAAAGAGCUAGAG